AAGGACGCUUUCCCUCUUUAACAAACAUGGACGCUCCCGUCAGGAUGCGUACGUGGAACUGUGCCACCAGAGGAGUUUUAUGUCAGUGGGUGGCAUUUUUUCUAGUUUUAAUUAACACUGUAAAUGAAACUUUUGCGGCUCCGGAGAGGGGGGUUUGGACGAGGACCCUUGUUAAUACCUCAAGACCACUGCUAUUAAAGAAAUCCAUGUUUAGAGACACAGAUGUUGAAUUGACAGUUUUGUCAAUUUUUUGCCCUGAGGAGAUGACCUUCACUAUACACUGGCUUUUAAAAUAUUACCCCUGUCACAAUGAAUUUAACAAUAUUGACGAGAUGUAUGACAGGACGCCUCUGAGUCGUGGGGAGAGCCUGGAUCCAAACCCCCUCGGACAGGGAGAGUACAUCGAGCACAGACACAGCCCCAUCACGUGUCCAAGCAGGCUGAACUUCUAUCCAAUGCUCAAAAAAGCCAAAGCAGAGCCCCGUCCAGCCAGUCCACCUGCUGAGAACCAAGUCCUUGAUGAAAACCACAUAAAAUGGAUUACUGAGGAGUACGAGAGCAGCGGCACCACAAAAAAUAGCAGUGUGGGCAUCAGAGAUGAUGUUGUAGCCACGACAUGGAGAGACGGGCCUUACCUGCUUGUUGUUAAGAUUGUGUCCAAUAAAGAGGAGACCAACUGGAAUUUCACAGUUAACGUGGAGAUGAAAGGCAGCCACGGCUACAUUUCUAUCACUGAAUGGCCUCUCAUGAUUUUCUACAUGGUCAUGUGCGUGGUGUACAUCCUGUACGCGCUGCUGUGGUUCAUCUGGGCCGCCUGCUACUGGAAGGAUCUGCUGAGGAUCCAGUUCUGGAUAGCAGGGGUCAUAUUCCUGGGGAUGGUGGAGAAGGCCGUCUUCUGUGCCGAAUACGAAAACACUAAUGCUCUCGGAUCAGCUUCUCCAGGCCUGCUGAUCUUUGCUGAGUUGGUCUCCGCCCUCAAAAGGACUUUGGCUCGAUUGCUUGUCAUCAUUGUCAGCCUGGGGUAUGGAAUUGUAAAGCCUCGACUAGGGACUGUGAUGCACAGGGUCGUGGUCCUUGGAGUCCUUUACUUUGCCUUUGCUAGCAUUGAAGGUGUCCUUAGAAUUACAGGGGCGAAAGAUUCUGACUUGGCCCUGCUCGCCAGCAUCCCCUUGGCUCUGCUUGAUUCUUCUUUAUGCUGGUGGAUCUUUGUCAGCCUGGCACAAACCAUCAAGACUCUGAAGCUGAGGAGAAACCCUGUGAAGUUGUCUCUCUACAGACACUUCACAAACACAUUAAUAUUUGCAGUUAUCGUGUCUAUCAUUUUCAUGGGUUGGACGACGAAAAAGUUUCGAUUAGCAGAUUGCCAAUCAGACUGGGUUGAGCUGUGGGUGGAGGAUGCGUUCUGGAGGUUCUUGUUCUCCGUCAUCCUGCUGGCCAUCAUGUUUUUAUGGAGGCCUUCUGCAAACAACCAAAGGUACGCGUUCACACCUCUCAUUGAUGACUCCGACGAUGAGGAUGUUGAGGAGUUCAUCGCCUCGGGAAACAUUGCUGAUGGUAUAAAGUUGCGAUCAUCUAAAACAGAAACAAAUGGUUCAGCAAAGCUUGCAGAAACAAAUCCAGAUGAAGACUUGAAAUGGGUGGAGGAUAACAUUCCUAGCUCUCUCACUGAUGUAGCUCUCCCAGUCCUGCUCGACUCAGACGAGGAAAUCAUGACGACCAAGUAUGAGAUGUCAAAGAUUGAGUGAAGGAACCGUCGACCCAUCUGCUGACAAGGAGGGAGAACACUACAUCUGCCCCCGUCUGUCUAGGAUUUCCUGCCGGAUGGUGGUGGAGUGCCAUUUCGUGUUUUUUUUUCUUUUUUUUUUCUUUUCUUUUCGGAGGAAUCCUGACUUCACAGGUUGAUGCAGCAACAGCUUCACAGGGACCUUCACUAAUGUUCCUCAUCUCUUUUAAGUGUACCAGACUUUCUCGUCACCGACCACAAGGUUCCCCAUUUCCCUCGUCGGAUCAGUUUUGAUCUUUCCAAAGAAGGUGUUUGCUUUUAUGUAAAACUGUGUAUUUAUUUUAGUGAUGUUUAUAUACGUUUAUUAUGUGAGCGAUUUAACAGUGGGCUUCGUGCAAAAACAUACUCUCAAAUCUACAUCCGAUGUUAUCUUGGGAAUAUGCAGAUGUUAUUGGUGGAUUAUAAUAACUAAGAUGAUUAUACAUGACGGGGAAAAAUGAUCAAAAGCAUCUUUUCAUCGGUAUAUAGCUGAAAGUGAUUUAUCAAAAUUAUUUUUUGGAGCCAGAGGACAACAUUUUUUUUACUACUUUGUGAUCUUUCUUUAUGCACACACAUCGAUCAGCCAGAAUAUUGAUGAGCACCCCCCCCUGUUACCACCCUGACCAGUCAGGCAGCUUCUGGGGGCGGCAUGUGGGGCGGGGUCUCCAUGGAUCGGGAUUUCACCUGCUAGAUGUAGCUAGAUCCCAUCAGAUGGGAAUCUUGGGAGUUUGAAGGCUGAGUGAACCUCUCAGACUCUUUGUUUUGUUCUCUGGCUUCUUCCUAAACAGCUUUUGCAAAGCCCACUUGUGUCCUGCUGGAGCAGGCUGGAUGCAGGCAUCAUGUCUGAUCAGUGUAUAUACUUAAGGAACCGAGAAGUUGAGAACGUAAGGAAGUCCAGUAAACCCUGUAUAUUUUCCAUGUGAGUGUGUCUGAAAAACUCUGUUUUUACCAGAAUUUAAAGGAAAUGGCAACUUUGAAAACUGAAACACUGUAACUUUGAAUAGAUUAUUUGCUAUUAUGCACUUUUGAGAUAAAAGCCGUGCCUACAUGUCAUUUCUGUGUGAGGCCUAAUGUGUUCAGUUACUGAGAACAGCGUGAAUCAAAGUGUCUUUAAUGUCUCAGAUUGAAACGACGUCCUGAGCUCGGUGGAGGUGUGUGAGUGAAGAAGCUUUUGUAAAAAUAUAUAAUUAAAGUACAACUGGGUUAGUUCACUACUGUAGGAGUCGGGUCUGACUGGUGCGUGCAUGUGGGUGGUCAGACUUUGUCUUCUGAAAAUACUGAGCAAUAUGCUGUAUGCCUGUUGACGCACAGUUAAGUGAUUCCAUUAUUUAUUUGUGUUUCAAGUGUACUUAUUCCUUUACCACGUUUACUGUUGGUGUGUUUACAUGUGCUCCCAUCUUUUGUUGUGUCUGUUUAAACUGCACAAUCUUAAAAUGUAGGUGAAAUGCAGCUUUUCUCUUUGUAUAUUUCUUUGAUUAAAAAAAUACUUUUUAUCAGAUUCA